AUGAGCGUGCAUCGAACUUUACCUCGUAUCAAGUAUCUUACCCCAAACCUUUAUGGCAAACAAGGAGAUUCAAUAACAUUAAGAUGUAAUGCCUCUGGACAUCCAGCACCUCGUGUUACAUGGAUACACAAGGACACCAACAGAACAAUUGCUAAUUCCAGUGUGACGUCAUUCAACAUCACUGGUAAAGCAUCAGGAGGAAAGUAUUGCUGUCACUUGUCAAACGGUUUUGGGAAUGAUACAAAUUGCACGUCCUUUGAAAUGACAGAUAAACCAGUAAUUGAUAACCGUUUGUCAUCUGGGAAUAACGUAUCUUCCAUUUUGGGUGACACAACUCAUUUACGCUGUGCUGCAAGAGGUGUCCCUCUGCCGAAUAUCACGUGGUAUACAGCUGAUGGUAAAAUAUUUUCAACUGGGACAGCGUCGUAUCCAGGUGGAAGCGAGCUAGUACUGACAACCACGCGUAAACAAGAUUAUGGGAUGUAUAGAUGUCGCGCUGAGAAUACUAUUGGAGUUGCAUGGCAUAAUAUUACAGUCAUGCAAAUAUGUCAAUGCAGAGGAAAUUAUCAGAAAUACAAGAGAUCCUUGGGCAGCAGCAGUAGCAUCAUUAAGGGUAUUUAGUAGACUUUCAUAUAUUAUUUACAGGCCCGUAGCUAGGGGGGGUGCAGCGCGAGAUAAAGGUCCGCUUUUUAAGCAAGUGAGAUUUUGGCUGGUAUGAUAUUUUCACGUAAAACUCAAUUUUACUUUAAUAAUUUUUCUAUAGCUAUGCGUCCUAUGGGACUUU